AUUUCGCUCGAUUCUGUUCUGGUUUCGCGAGCAAUCCCGCCCAACGGCUGUGCCUGGACUCGGUCCGCGGCACGGUGAAAGUGACAUCGAGCGUAACAGCGUUCUCGAUGAAAUCCGCUGGUUCUUCCGCUGGUUCUUCCUCCGUUGCUCACAGCGAUUUUUCUGGGGCGAGCGUGAACGAUGAGCCGAGCGACGUCCGAACGGCGUUCCUUCGAUCGUCGCCGAUUCCCGCCGUGUCGAGGGGAACACGGAUCCUGCGAGGUGAGCAUAUCGUCCGCUCGUGCGUCGGUGAUGGUGUACGACGACAUGAAUAAGAAAUGGGUACCGAGCGGGAGUUCCUCGGGACUCUCCAAGGUCCAGCUGUACCAUCAUCAGGUGAACAACACGUUCCGGGUGGUCGGUCGGAAGCUGCAGGAUCACGAGAUCGUCAUCAACUGCGCGAUCCUCAAGGGAUUGAAGUACAAUCAAGCGACGGUCACGUUUCACCAAUGGAGGGACAACAAGCAAGUGUACGGCCUGAACUUUUCCAGCAAGGACGACGCGGACGCGUUCGCCAGGGCGAUGCUGCAAGCGCUCGAUGUGCUCAGCAAUGGGAGCAACAUAUCGAGAAGCCUCGCACCUUCGGUGGGAUCGACCACGCAACAGCAACCCGUUUUCCCACAACAGCAACAGGGUAACGCUCAGUACGACGAAGACAUGGGCUACAGAACCAUGACCAGAGAGGACGUGGCGAUAAUCCAAGAGCGCAGGAUGUCUCAACAAAGUCAAGCAACCGGCAGCCCGAACGCGAUUUCUCCGAGUUGUCCUCUGGGAAACCAACAGCAGCAACAGCAGCAGCAGCAGCAGCAGCAGCAACCGACGCCUCAACAACAGCAACAACAGCCGCCUCAACAGCCGCCUCAACAACCGCCGCCGCAGCAACAACAUCAACAACAACCGCAACAGCAACCUUUGCAGCAACAGCCGCAACAGCAGUCCGGUCAUCACAGAACAUCCUCGGCGCCACCUGCGCCCCAGCCUCAACAGUCUGUGAUGCAGUCGAUUCAACCUGUCGGUGGUCUAGGGACAGGAGCGGGGCAAAUGUCGAGCGGUGGCGCUCCCCCGAUUCCACCGCCGCAACCUCCUAUGCCGACCUCGGUUCCACCGUGUCCUCCGACGAUGAUGAACUUUAACGCACCGGUACCACCGCCGCCUAUGAUGAUGAACCAAUACGCGCAAUCGCCAUCGUCUCAGACUAAUCUGCCGAAUCAGUCUCAAGCUCAGUCGAUUUACGGCAGCGGACAGGGAAGCCAGUACGGCGCCCCGGCGAACAAUAACCAAUACGCGACGGCCACCGUAGUCGGGCAGAGUCCUUGCCAGUACUCCACCGGGAAUCAGAAUAAUUUCUACGGUAACAACGGUCAAAUGGCGAACGCGUAUUCGAGCGGACAGCCUGGCCAAGCGAACCAGUACGGCGGUGGCAGUGGCACCGGCCCCGGAGGCGGUGGAGCUGCCGGGAACCAGUACGCGAGUGGGAAUUCAAUCGGUCAGUACGCUAGCAGCGGAGCGGCAACGACCGGGCAAUACGUGGUCGGUGUGGGCGUUGGAGCUGGCGUGAACGUUGGUCAACCGAACCAGUCUCAGUACAGUGUCGUGUCUCAGGCACAGCCACCGUACGGGACCGGUCAAGUGCAAGCGGCGUCGAAUGCCACAAACCCGUACGGGACGCCUGCGAAUGCGGUGAAUCAGUACAACAGCGGUAACAGUGGUGGUGGUGGUGGCGGACCUACCGGUGGCAGUGGGAUUCACGGGCCGACUGUCAAUUCGAACGUUUACGGUCCCGUUAACACCGGUGGCCCUCAACCCCCGCCUAUGGUACCCUUAACCGGUCCCGCCGCACCUCCACCACCUCCACCACCGCCCGUACCAAACGCGAACGCGAUCAGCCUUAAUCCUCCCUUGGGCGGACCUUCUGCUACCGCGUCAAUGAAUUCGAACAACGCGGACCCACCUCCGGACGCUAACUCGUUGGCGGCUGCUCUUCAGGCGGCUCGUCUGAAGAAGAAGCAGACGGCGCAACAGUCGGUGGAGAACAGUGGUUCCAGUAGCAACAGUAGCGGCAGCGGCAGCACCGGGAGCGGUGGGAAUUACGGCACGCUAGGAAGGGGCGGGGGUGGCGGUAUGGCUUCCAUGAUGGACGAGAUGGCGAAAACGUUGGCGCGAAGACGAGCCGCUGUCGAGAAGAAGCAACCGGAACAGCCACAGGAACCCGAAAGUUCGCCGGACAAAAAGUCUUGGGACAAGAACAACUCGAACAAUAAGUUUUCGAACGGCGCCGAGUCACCGAAGUCGGUCCGCAAGAGAUUCGGCUCCGCCUCGGAGGACACUCUGCUAAAAGUGAACGGCGUGAAUGACGGAGCCGUGCUCACCGCUCAAGAAAUGGAAGCCUUCAAGGCGGAGAUCAUCAAGGAAGUGCGCAAAGAGUUCCAGAAGAUGAAACAAGAAAUCGUGGACGCUGUGAGAACGGAGCUGAGCAGAAGAUAAAGACGCGACGCGGGCCAGACUCGAGAGGAAAACGACAAAGGGAGAAGAAGAAGGAGAAGGGGAAGAAGAAGAAGAGAAAGAAGAAGAAGAAGAAGAGGAAGAAGAAGAAGGAGGAGGGAAAGAAGCAGCGAGGAGAGGAGUAUUGUAUCGCAUAGCUCGUGACUGCCGAAACGAUUGCGUCGUUGGCCGCGCACAACAAAGGUUUUUUUACUACGUAUUCGCGAGAGUGAAGCAGACUUAUACCCCGUGUAUAUCAGGCACGUUUGUGCGUAAGUACAUUAUUAUCUAGCCUAGCAUUCUAAGUAAACCGUACCCUUUCGUUGUUUACUAGACCGAUGGUAAACGACGUCCGCUAUGGAUAAAAUCGAUUCUAAUUCUGCCAAUUCGACGCACAACAGACAUUUUGGAUCAGCCGAUCGGUAGUUAACGACAGACACUACCCACGUUCGAACGCGUGUAUUUCUUCGGUGGGAUCGCAUGAUCUAUAUCGUUCAUCGUCGACGAAUCACACAGGUACCGUAACACGCGUCGAUCGCGUCCAGCCCCCUCUGUGAUCUCCGGAGGAGACCCGGGAUUCUCAUUUCUGUAAAUAACACCGGUCGAAUUCGAUACACAGCCACGCGAAACGCGCCGAUCAUUUCCGAAACAUGAUUCCUCUAGUCCGAGAGAGAGAGAGAGAGCGAGAGAGAAAGAGAGA